AUGCACAUAUCCCUCACCCAUCAAGGUUUACACCCUGGGGGCCCCAAGCUAACUUUCUCUGUUAUCGCUCGUGUCUUUGAGGACGGCACUAUCAACAAAAACUUUAAACCGCUCUUCUUUAAAUCCGUGAUUGAAUCUUGUUGCCGCUUUUCUUACGACGAGGUGCAAGAGGUGAUAGAGGGUCGAGACAUUCCUGAGGAGCAUAGGCCGAACGUAACAGCAGAAGUUAAGGGAACAGCAACAGCAGGCAACGGCUUGCUGCGCUGCAGCUGCUGCACAGGCAAGACAAACCGCAGCAAACGGCAGCAGCAGCAGCAGCAGCAGCAGCAGCAGCAGCAGCAGCAGAGCAGGAUGCAGGGAGAGUGGAGAUACCAUGAUGAUGAUGAUGUUUGGGGGGAUAAACUAGAAGAUGCAGCAGCAGCAGCAGCAGCAGCAGAAGCUGUUGCUGCAGCAGAAGAAAUAAUGCACCGUGGCAGCAGCGCGGAGUCUGACCAGCAGCAGCAGCAGCAGCAGCAGCAGCAGGGGUGCUGCUGCUGCUGCGAGAGAGCUUCUAUAUACGACCCUGCUGCUGCUCUCCCGCUGCACUGCAGCAGCACAACCACUGCUUUGCGUUUUUGCUUCGAUGAGCUGCAAAGGGCUACAGGGUGGGAGGUGGAGGCGCAGCAGCAGCAGCAGCAACAGCAGCAGCAGCAGCAGCAACAGCAGCAGCAGCAGUAA